UUUUUUUUUUAAUUAUAAUUUUGUUUAAUUAAAUAUAAUAAAUAUCAAGUGAAUAAAUGCAACGAAUAUUUUAUACAAAUAAUAAAAAAGUUAUGCUAAUAAUAAAAACAGUCAAGUGAAUAUUGUGAUAAUAUUAAAAAUGAAAUAUGAAAAAAUAAAAUAAUAAAAAUUAAUAAUUAUUAAUUAAUUUAAAAAAUGGAUGUUUAAUUGUUUGGCAAAAAUGUUGCCAAAGAAAAAUCAUCAUUGUUUUAUAAACCUUUGAAAAAUAAUUAUUUUCAAAAAAUAGAAAAAAAAAAAAAAUAGAAAUACCUUGUGAAAAUUGACCAAAGAUUCCAAAAAACAAAAUAAAAAAAACACAAAAAUAAUUAAAUAUUAUUUAUUUAUUUUUAUUUUUAUUUUUUUUUUAUGAAAACUCAUGGUCACUUUGAUGAACAUUAAAUUAUCAAAGAGAUAAAAAAAAAAAAAAAAUCAUUAAAAAUAUUUAAUUGACAUCCACAAUUAUCUAUAAUUAGCUGAUUGUAAACAUGGCACGUAAAAGUGAUAAUUUAAAGUGUAUGAAUAUAGCAGUUGUUGGAUUGUCUGGUACUGAAAAGGACAAAGGACAGGUUGGUGUUGGAAAAUCAUGUUUUUGCAACAGAUUUAUGAGAUCACUCAGCGAUGAUUACAGUGUUGAUCAUAUAUCAGUAUUAUCCCAGUCGGAUUUUAGUGGUCGUGUUGUUAACAAUGAUCAUUUUUUAUACUGGGGUGAUGUUGUUAAAGUUGCUGAAGAUGGUACUGAAUAUCAAUUUCAAGUUAUUGAACAUACUGAAUUUAUUGAUGAUGCAUCAUUUCAACCAUUUAAAGGUGGUAAAAUGGAGCCAUAUCCAAAACGUUGUUCAUCAACAAAAAUAACAAGUGCUGAAAAAUUAAUGUAUAUAUGUAAAAAUCAACUUGGUAUUGAAAAAGAAUAUGAACAAAAAGUAUUACCAGAUGGUAAAUUAAAUAUUGAUGGUUAUUUAUGUAUAUUUGAUGUAAGUAUUGUACCAAAUCGUUCAAUUGAAAAACAAGUUGAUUUUGUAUCAAAUAUACUUAAUAAUUUAAUUAAAACUAAAAAACCAAUUGUACUUGUUACAACUAAAAAUGAUGAUGCUAAUGAACAAUAUGUUAAAGAAGCUGAAAAACUUGUUAUGAGAAAAGAGUACAAAAAUACAAUAUCAUUUGUUGAAACAUCAGCACAUGAAAAUAUUAAUAUUGAUGCUGCAUUUCUAGUCUUAGCACAAAUUAUUGAUAAAAUUAAAAUACGUAGUAAAAUUGUACCAUUUGUUGAAGCAGCUAAAGCACGUAAAGAAUUACUUGAUACAUCAACUGAAUCAUUACAAAGAUUAAUUAAAUUACAUGUUACUGAUUAUCGUGCAUUAUGGUCACAAUCAUCUAAAAAACUUGGUCAACAUAAAGAAUUUAUUAAUUUUGUUGAAUUAUUUGGUAUUGAUGCAACACAAAGAUUAUUUCGUCGUCAUAUUAAAAAAUUAAAAGAUGAACAAAUUGCUAAAAAAGUACAAGGUUAUUUGGAAUUAUUACCGGACAUAUUACAUGACAUUUGUCCAGAUAUUGCAGCUAUUAUAAAUGAAGAAUGGUCUACUGUCCAGCAAUUUAUCAAACAACAUCCUGAUUUUGAUCAACAUUUUUAUGAAUGUCCUGAAGAUAUUUCCUGGGUUGAUUAUGAUUUUGGUGAAAAUAAUACAACUAAAAUUCCAUAUGAAGUUUUAGAAACACCUGAGGCUGAAACUGUUUUUAAAAAUCAUAUUAAUGCACUUCAACAAGAGCAACGAAGACUAGAACUUCCAAAAAGAUGGAAAAAACAGUUUAAACAGCUUCUUGAAGAAACUGGAUACGUAACACCUGGUAAACAUUUAUCAGAAGUUAGAGUUCUUUUUAUGGGACGUGAGUGUUUUGAAGCAUUAUCACCACAUGAUUGUCAGGAUAUUUAUGAUAAUCAUCAGAAGGAAAUAAUUGAACGAGCCAAGCAUAAUUUUCAAGAGUUGUUGCUAGAGCAUGCUGACUUGUUUUACCAUUUUAAGAGUAUAGCACCAUCAGGCACAAUUACGCAAGAUGACAUUAAAGAAAUAACUGAUGCCUUACUCGAUGAUUUUAGAUACAAAUCACUAGAUAGACUUGAUCAAGAUCGUAAAUUAAUGCUAUUUCAACAUCUUGGUUUUGUUCAUUGUCCAAUACGUGAACAUUGUCCAGCAUUUCCAAAUUGUAUGGAUUCACUUAUUGAAAGAAUACUUGGAACAAAAGCACACAGACCCUCUUCAUGGAAUCACAGUAGCCAAUGGCAAUUAACAUCUGAAAAUAAUCAAUUAAAUUUGGUUAUACUUGGUUGUAAUGAUCUUGGAAAUGAAUUUGCACAUGAAAUUAAAAAUCAAACAGAUGAUGAUGAAGUUGAAAUUGAUUGUCAAUUGUAUACACUUGGCUACAGGGUCAUUGAUGGUGAUGUUGGAUUACCUCACAAUUCAUUCACAACAUCGGAUUUUAUGCCACAUGGAUCAUUUUGUAUUUAUGCGAAUGAGGAUUCAUUUGAGUAUAUACGUUCAUCAUUGGAAAAAACAUUAUUAUCAAAUUUAGAACAGGAAGAUAGAUUGCCAUUUCAAGGUCUUCCAAUAGUUAUAAUGUUUAUUCCUGAUAUGAGUAUUGAUGAAUUAGAAUCAAUGAGACUAAGAGAAGAAGGACAAAAUCUUGCUGAUAGUUUACAAUGUCCAUUUAUUGAUGUUUGUUUUGAAGAUAUUGAACAAGACAGACGUUUUCCAAAUUCACUUGUAAAAGAUGCAUUACAACAAUUAAUACAAUCAAUUAAUCAUCGUGCUGGAUUUUUAAAUAUUUAUCAAAGUGUCAUUGAAUGCUUGGAACCUGAUAUAAGGAUAAUAAUGUGUAUGUUUUGUGGUGAUCCAUACUCUGUUGAAAAUGUACUUGGUCCAUUACUUAGUCAUCAGUGUUGUUUUUUAAGUGGUGAAAAAUCAAUUGUACUUGAAACAUUUUUGGGUGAAUCAAAAAGACGUGUUGAAGUUAUUAUAUCAAGUUUUCAUGGUGCAAAUGCAUUUCGUGAUGAACUUGUACAUGGUUUUAUUCUUGUUUAUUCAACAAAAAGAAAAGCUUCAUUAGCUACACUGAAUGCAUUUUCCAUGAAUAUACCAAAUUUACCAAUUCAAAUAAUGGCUGUUACUGAUACUGGUGGUGCUAAUGCAUUUUUUAGUAGUGAUUUAAGUCAUUUGUUGAUUACUGAAGGUAAUGCAACUGCUGAUAGAUUACAAGCACAUUUUAUGACAUCAACAUCUAGUUGUCAACAAAAAACUGCAUUUUAUACGCCAUUUUUUAAAGAAGUUUGGGAAAAGAAACCAGAAAUUGAACAAGCAUUUCAUAUGGAAGAACCUGGUAAUUUAAAUGACAGCGGUGAAGGAACACUUGAGUAUUCAGCACUUCAUCCAAUGCCACCACCACGACAUGAAAGUUAUCAUCUUCAAACACCAGAUGAUGGAAGUGGCUCAGAAUCUUAUGAACAAUUAACACCUGAUGGUGAUUUGGGUGAUAAUGGAAUGCAUGAUCAUUUUAAUAAUCAUCGUGCAACACCAAGUGAUGACAGUGAUAUUUAUAGUCAAGUUGAUUUCCACCGAGAAGAUAGAGAACGUGAGCUUUUAAAAGGUGGUGAUUUUGCAAAUAAAUUAACAGGUUGGGUAAAGGACACGUUCAUGCAUCAUCAGGAGGCAGUGUCAACAUAUUCUCAUCGUUCAUUCACCACUGGACGACGUCAUAUACCACAGACAAAAUCACGACCCAAGGGAAAUAGUCAAACACUGAAGCAACCGGGAAAAAUAAAUCUCAAAGAUUUUUCCAAUGUGACUGAUGCAAUUGCACGAAUGAAUACAGGUGAAAAAGCAUACAGUGAUUCGGAUUCUGAAUGGAGUUCUUUAGAAAGACAAAGAGGUGUUACUGAUGUGUUAGCUAAAUCCAUAAAAAAACCAGCAACCCAUAAACGAAUACGUAAAAAACGUGCUGCAAUACCAGUCGCAACACCAAAAGUACCAUCUCUUGCAAGUAUGGGUGGUAAUGAUGGAAUUGUUGGCUUGAACUACAGCAUCAAAGAGGAUAAAAAUUGGCGUAUUGAUCCAACUGAACGAGUAUCAAGUGAAACCCCGGAUAGUUCUGAAUCAAGUGAGCCUGAACAUGGCACGAGAUCAAGAAUAAAACUGAAUAAACACGCGUCGGUUAGUGUGAGAAAGACAUAUGGAAAUUCAGCUGCAACCCUACAGCAUCCAUUCAACCUGAAACAUGUCACCCAGGAUAUGUUCAGUGUGUCCUAUGAUGAAUCAAGUCUUGAUGUUUCAUCUCCACGUGAAAUGAAUUCUCCAAGUUUUGGAAUAUUAACAAAGGGUAAAGAAUGUGAAAAAUUAGCAAGAAAAAAAGACAAACAAAAAGCAAAAGAAGAUGAAAAAUUAGAAAAACGACGACAAAAAGAAGAAAAAUUAAAGAAAAAUGCUGAAAAAGAAAAAGAACGUGAAAAAAAGAAACAAGAAAAAAUUAAACAAACUAAAGGAAGUGGUAGUAGUGGUGGUGUAACAAUGUUGGGUCAAUCACAUCAAUCAUUAAUUGAAGAUUUUGCACAAAGUGAAACAAAUAGAAUUCCAUUAUUUUUGGAAAAAUGUAUUAAUUUUAUUGAAGAUGAAGGUCUUGAUUCAGAAGGAAUUUAUAGGGUACCAGGAAACCGUGCUCAUGUUGAAUUAUUAUUUCAAAAGUUUGAAGAAGAUGGAAAUGUUGAUAUUCAUUUGCUUGACAUUCCUGUCAAUGCUGUGGCAACUGCACUAAAAGAUUUCUUUUCAAAAAGAUUACCACCUCUUAUUGACAAAGAACGCAUGACUGAACUCGAAGAUAUAUCUGGUGCAAGAGGUAUUAGUAAACCAAUGUCUGCUACCUGUAUGAAUAUGGAAGAUCGAAGUUGCAGAUUACUUGCUCUCCGUUUGAUGCUCAGUAAAUUAAAUCCAGUUAAUUUUGAUGUUCUUAAAUUUAUCUUUCAACAUUUUGUCAAAGUGGUUGAAAAUUGCAAAUUAAAUAGCAUGGAUAGCAAAAACUUGGCAAUAUGUUGGUGGCCUACAUUACUGCGAAUUGAAUUUAAUGAUCUUGGAAGAUUUGAAGCAAUGAGGCCCUAUCUUGAAGAUGUCGUUCAAACAAUGAUUGAUCAGUAUCCAUUUUUAUUUUGUGACAAAGAAGCUAUUGUCAUGGUUUAAUAUUUAAAAAUUAUAUAAUAAUAAAUAAUAAUCAAUGUGAAUUAUAAAUAUUGACUGUGAAACAAGGACCUAAAUACCAGUGUAUAAAAAUUAACUAUAUUCAGUUAUUAAAAGCUGCUGAAUCAAUUCAUCAUGCUUCGGAAUUUAUCAAUUUAAACAAUACAAAAAUAAUAACAAUAAAAAAAUUUAACCAAGUUUAUCAAUUUUUAACAAAAAAAAUAAAAUAAAAUAAGAAUUUACAAACUUUGGUUUUUGUUUUUUAAAUUAUUAUACAAUUAAAAAAAUUAAAAACUGCGUAUAUUUUCGCUAGUCCAGCUAAAAAAACAUAUUAACAAUUCAAAGAUUUAUAAAUAAAAAUUAAUUUGUCAAACAUAAUUAAUUAGUCAUUGCAUUUGGUUUUUAAAAUCCAGAGCAAUAAAUUUAUCAAAAAAAAAAAAAAAACUAUAAAUCAUAAAGUUUAAGAAAAUGACAAAUAACAAAUUGGUGUAUUUUUUUUUAUAUUAUUAUUAUUUGUAUUAAACUUUUAGUUAUUUAAAUUAAUCGAUUUAAAGGGAAAUCAAGUAAUCAUCAAUAUUUAAAUUUAAGUUUUUUUUUUUUUAUAUAAAUAAGAAUGAGAAUAUGUAAAUUAAAUUAAAAUUGGGAUGAGAUUUGUCGUUAAGCAAAAGAAGAAAAAAAAAAAAAACACAUUAUUAGGUUGUGCCAUGCCGAUCGUAUCAUUAUUAUUAUUUUUUUUUAUCAAAGUACUUGAUCGAUGCACGGCAGUGAUAUACAAUAUUUGCUUACAUCAUUCCGUCUAAUAAAUGAAAUAAUACGUGACUAGUGAGUGUUGUAAGUCAGGUGGAAUAAACGAUAAUUUAUUGGUGAUCAAUUGACACCUAAAUACAUAAAUAAUAAUAAAAUAAAUAAUAUGAAUUACUUAAUGGAAGAUAUUUUAUACUCUACAUUUUUUUGGACAAUCCAUAGAAAAUGAAAAUGAGAAAAAUAAAAAAAAAAAAAACACUUUGAUCAUGUACAUAAUUCAUAAUUUCAUCUGCAGGUUUAAUUAAAAAAAUUUUUCAACGAAUAUUAUCAUUAAAAAAUAGUUAUACACAACAUUUUCAUUUUUGAAAUAAAUAUUAAUAAUAAUUGAAAUAAAAUAAUCAGGGACAAUUUGUCAUUUUUGUAAGAAUUUAAGUAAAAUUUUCUCGACGACCAUUUUUACAGAUUUAAAAAAUAAUAAAUAACAAUUUUUUGAAAUUUAGUCUUUUAAGUAACGGCGCACAAAUAAUUGCCUCCAAAGUAUUGAGAUUUAAAAAAUUAAUAGAAAAACGUGUAAUGAAUUUCAGUGUUGUUUUAGCACCGAAUUUAAUAAAUUUUAUUACAAUAAAAUAAUUUCGCUUAGUAUAAAGAAAAAAAAAAAAAAAGUAUAAAAUUAUAAAAUAGAUUUGGAAUGUUUUUUUUUUUUUCAAAAUACCACCUCGAUGACGUAAAUUAAAACGAAUAAAAUAAAUAAAAAUUGUAUUACACCCUUUUGAUGGAAAACUUUUUAAUGUUAUUUAUUUGUUGUUUCAAUAAAAAUAUUAUUAUUGAGUAUUACGUCUUCGAGGCAGGGUAGAUGCUUCGAUGCUUUAAUCAGUGUUAAUAUUUAUAUAGAAAAAAAAAAAUGAUGAAUUUAUAAUUAAGAGUCGUUUUUAAAUAAUUAAAAGUAAAAAAAAAUAAAAAAAAUUGACGGCUUUUUAUUCGUUUUUUCGUGUAGUUUCGUAAGACGAGAUUUUAUACAUUCGUACGUAUAUAAUACUGUGUAACAAUGUAAUAGAAAUAAAAAAAAAAAGA